CUGUGAAAACGUGAAAGAUACAUACAGCAAAGUCAAAACGGAAAGGCAGGCCAGGAAAAUAUGGUCCACUUUUCUAAAGAAAAAAUGUUAAUAUAUCAAUUGUAAAUAUCGCCUGUUUUUUAUUACGAACGGAUUGAAAGUGAAUGUUCAUAAAUAGCGUGUGUUGUGUCAAAAAACGAGCGUCGAACGUAAAGUGAAUACCUGAAUUGAAUUCUGCCUGGGUGUGAAUCGAAUUCGUGUGAGAGAGUAAACUGAAUUCUGAAUAUACUUACAAUAUAAAGAGUAUCAAGAAUAUCGUGUGGAAGCGCUGCCAGAAAUCGAAUCAUAUAUUAAAGUGCAGCAACUAACCCCUAUAAAAAGUCAGCAAACAUGGUAAUGGACUUCGUUCAAGUUUCGGAGGAGGAGGGUGACGAGCCGAUCGAGUUACCUUGCGAAGAAGAUGGCACUCUGCUGCUGUCCACCUUGCAGGCUCAGUUUCCUGGAUCUUGCGGUCUGAAGUAUCGCAACCUGGACACGAAGGCGGUCCGCGGAGUUCGCUCGAACGAGGGGAGAUUGUUCCCUCCGAACGUGGGCUCGGGAUGGGAAGAAUACCCUUAUUUUUGUGUGUUUCCGAAGGAAAACAAACGAAAGAGCGAUGAUAAUUUGGAAAACUCAACGGCAAAGACCAAACGAAUUGAAACCCGUUUGCGGUGCACUGAUCUUAUAGUUCUCGGCUUACCCUGGAAGACAACUGAGGAGAGUUUAAGGGAGUAUUUUGAGACCUUUGGGGAGGUGCUUAUGGCCCAGAUAAAGAAGGAUACCAAGUCGGGCCAGUCUAAGGGUUUUGGAUUCGUGCGCUUUGGAUCUUACGAUGCCCAGAUGCGCGUUCUUUCUAAUCGCCAUCUCAUCGACAGUCGUUGGUGCGAGGUCAAGGUUCCCAACUCCAAGGGCUUAGCCCACGAAGUGCCUUGCAAGGUAUUCGUGGGACGCUGCACAGAGGACAUAAACGCGAACGACUUACGCGAGUAUUUCUCGAAGUUCGGCGAGGUCACGGACGUUUUUAUUCCCCGACCCUUUAGAGCCUUCAGCUUUGUCACUUUUCUCGAUCCUGACGUGGCACAGUCCCUGUGUGGAGAGGAUCACAUAAUUAAGGGUGUUUCGGUACAUGUCUCAAAUGCUGCCCCAAAGGCCGAGCAAAACAAAAACCAUCAUGGCCAAAGCUACAACAACGGCUUUGGCAUGCAAUCCUAUCACCCACAAGGCAACCACAUGAAUUCCAUUCGAAAUGGACACCACAGAGGCAAUAACCAACACAACGCUCACGGCGGUGAGAAUUCAAUCAUUGCAAAUAAUCAUAGCAACAAUGGUACCACAAGUUACGGCAUGGGCGGAAAUAAUUAUGGUGUAAAUUCGAGCGGGGCCUAUCAUAUUAAUGGUAGUAAUCACUCUAGUGGAGGGAACGCCAAUCGCCAAGCAGGAGGUACCCAAUAUAACAAUAGACAGGGUAAUUACCACGGAAUGAAUCAGCCACACAGUGGGAACGUAGGUGCCAACAACGGCUGGAUUAAUCGGUCCAAUCUGGAUAUGCCCAACCUGCAGGCUCUUGGCAUCAAUUCGCAAGGAUCGAACUCCUCCAACCAGGGCCAGAACAUGAGCAGCCAGUUUAAUCUCAACUCCUUGCCGAUCAAUCCCGCACUGGUCGCUGCCGCCUUGAAUCAGUGGAGCAUAGUCGGCAACCAGCUACAUAACCAAAACCAGGACCAGCAGGGCGGCAAUUUUUUAUCAUGGAUGGCCCAAAACGGUGGCCACCACAACGCCAACAAUUUUGGCGGACGGAAGGGAUCGAAUAACCCGAACAAUCAAGCCGCCAACGGGAUGAUCAAGACGGACAAUUCCGGUAUUAAUGACCAACAUAAUGGAAACACCGGUUGGUCAAACCAGAGCAGCGGAUCUCAAAACUCCGUGGAGAAGUCAAACUUUCUUUAGGUCAGGAGCAAUACCAACAGCAGGCCUUGGUAUAAUAAUAAUAUUUAAUAAAAACUUUUAUUUAAAUAAAACUUAUGUAGCUUACUUAAUUAUACGUGAUGAGCGUAUUAUACAUCUAAAGAAUUUGUGUUUGGAUUUUAAUAAGAAAUAUUCAUUAAUAAUUGUAAGCCCGGUGGAUAUUAAUACAAUUUACAUAUAUGUAAGCCCUUAUCCAAAAUGUAUUUUAUCAUUUGAACAACGUUUUUAAAAUGAUGAGGGAUCACAAGAUUAUUAUACCCAAGUGAAAACCUUCAUAGAGCAAAUAAUGAAAUCAGGAAAAUUAUUAUACCUAACGAAACACUAUCCUAAUGUAUAUAAUUAUUUAAGAAAUUGAAAUAUAUUUUAGUUCAGUAAUAAUAAAAAACAUA